AUGAAUAUUUUAUUUUUAACCUUUGAGUGUCUUACUUGGUGAGUUACUAGUUAUUUCAGGAGACAGCAAUCAGAUGGAAACGAGCUGGAUUUUCUAUAUAAUUUGAUGUCUUAUUUAUUGCUAGGGACUAUUAUUUUAUGUAGAUUUAGAGAAGCAAGAGUUUUAUUCUGCAGGAAUGAAAUGUGCAGGUAUUCAUGGCACUGUGAUAUCUGCCAAACUUGCUACAAAUUAAUAUUGACGUUAAUUAUAGAUUAGGGCUCUUCCUCCUUUUACGCCUCACCCCAGAGAGUCUCCAUAGAAGAAUCGUUCAACUGUUCGUGAGCCUCCCUGGUAUAUAAGCAUUUUCACCAGAGAUGGUUCUCCUCUGGCUUCGGCCUGAUUCUUAAUGCUGUCUCAGAAGCUUGGAAUAUGUAGGUUCGGGACUUACAGCUACUGUUUGAGUUACUAGAGUUCCAGCUAGGGAUAUAAAAUCCUUAGCUAGUAUCGGUACCAACUGCGCUUUCUUUGUCGGCACUAGUGGUCUCUAGGGGGAAAAAGCUUUUUUUCCAAAUGUCUAUCAGAAGACACAAAGUUUUCAUUGUCAGACGAGGGAGGUAAAACCCAGCCGGAACACAAAUGCCCAACAUCCGUAGACUCCAUUUUCUGCUCGGCUUGGCUUCAGGCCGUGGCAAGGUCCUCAACUCGAAAUGUCAGGGAGAGGACGGGUCGGUGACGUCAAAAUUUUAUUUGUGUCACUUGCUACAAGCAAAGGUCACAUCAUUGCAUUCUACUUGGUAUGUGUAUUUCCAUAGACAACAUAGAAGAGUAUUUUUAUUUUAUUUUGAUGGAAACGUUGUUUAGUAUUUUUACAAUUUAUUUGCUAGUUGUAAGAUUUUUAUACUGCUUUUCGUUUACAAAGGUUGAGAUUUGUGAAAGGUCUUGAGAUGAAACGUAUUCAGAUGGCGCUUUAGGUGCUUCAGUGAUGGUAUUUAAACACAUAACUUUGAUUUAUUCAAUUUAUAGCAUGGUGCAGAAGCCAUCAUGGUCAAGAAUGACUUCAAAUUCAAUUAUUAUAUAG